GCGCUGUGAUUGGUUGCCGCGAGGAAGUGGCGCGUGAUUGGUCGGUUCGAAGCGCGGCGGCGCGAUGGCGGCGGGUGGUGAAGUGACGGGGAUCCUCACAGAGUGGAAGAUAAGGGAUGUACGGGAUGUGUGGGUGAGCACAGUCUGGGAUCUGGAUUUCAAUGAAACUGAGCCUUUGGAUCCUCACAUCGAAGAGGAGAUCACGGAGGAUGGGCUGGCAGCCUUCAAUUCCCUGUACCAGGCGCUGGCACCGUUUGCCACUGGGGAUGACAAGAGCAGAGGGAAUAUCUGGCGCUUGUUUGUCGAAAGCAACAUCUCUCGUAAUGCCCUCGUGGCUGUGUGGCACCACUUCGUCCAAAAAGGCCUGAAUAAAAGAGCCAAUGCACUACAGAGGGUUUAUGCUCUCCAUGCAGCUGGGUUGUACUUCUUACUGCUUGAAAUCCCAGGCAGUAUAGCUCAUCAGAUGUUCCACGAUGUGAUGUUUGACAAAUGUCUUCAAACCCUGACGAAAUGCUGGCCUCAGGGACAAAGUCUGAUGAGGAAGAGGAAGAAUAUGCACACUGAAAGCUCUCAGACCAAGCCAAGAAGAAACAGAAGAAAAGGAAUGGCAAACUGGAAUGACACCCCUAGUAUGGAAGAGGUACUUGAAGAUGAGGUGGAAGAGGAUCUUGAGAACUUUUACUUCUCAACAGAUGAUCUCCUUCAAGUUCGCAAAGCAAUCCUCCUUCUUUUAAAAAACUUCUUAAGGUUUCUACCUAAGUUCUCCCUCAAAGAAAAACCUCAGUGCUUCCAGAACUGCCUGCAGACUUUUGUUGAAAUGACAAACUUUGAGCCAGUGGAAGGCGAGUUUGAGAUUUCAGCAACAACGAACAUUACUCGUGCCAAGUAUAUCCCUGAGCUGGCCUACCACGGACUGUGGUUAUUGUGUUCACCUCUACAUGGCACAGAAAAUGAGAUUCUUCGCUGUGUCUUCCAUCGAAUCCUCAAUGUCAUUCUAAUGGUGCAGGGUGGCGCAGGUUCCAGACACACGGUCCUUGCAAUCACAUCAGCUGUGAUCAGUGCCAGGAAUCAGGCUGUAAAAUUCAUCAGUUCAGUGGUAGAGGAGCUGAAGGAAGUUGCCUUUCCUGUUCUUCGAAUAUUACUGCAGCAUAUCUGUACCAAGGUCCCAGAUAAAGCUGAUUAUCGCACAUAUGCUGCACAGGCCUUGGUGACUUUGCUGAAUAAACUCCCUUGUACGGAGCUUGCUGACUUCAUUGCUUGGCUUUAUAAAUACUCACUCCACACGAAAAUUUCCUACAGAGUGUUUGCACUCGAUGUAGCUUUAGCUUUGUUGGAUAUGCCUGAGAGAAACCUGGACUCCUCAGUGUCGCUGGAUCACCAGAAGUUUCUGAAGCACGAGUUCUUAGUGCAGGUCAUGGUGCUUGGCCGCUGCUCAGACAGAGCACCUGUAGUUCGUAGCAAAGCUCUAAGCAGUUUUGCCCACUGUCUGGAAAUGAAAGCUGCUGCUACUUUGGAUAGCAUACAGGACUUGUUACAGAGCUAUGACCGUGCAGCCUUGGAUGCAAACACAAACAGUGCCAGUUUGAUGCUCAGUGAAGAAGCUACGUCCAACCAUCCGCUGAAGACCUUACCAAGCUUCAAAACGAUUGAGCUGACAAACAGCAGCAGUGCUGCCAUGGUGAAUGGAAAAGAAAUCAUGGCCCUGCUGAGGCUGAGAGCUGGAGAUGAGAAAACCACUGUGAGGAAAUCUGCUCUCCAGGUUUUUACAAACAUCCUGAAGCACAAAGCAAUCCCUUGCACUGCAGAAGAUUUGUCCACUCUUCAGGACCGUUGCCGGGACCCCGCAGUCUCUGUGCGGAAACAGGCCUUGCAGUCUGUGACAGAACUCCUCGAGGUCCAGCACGAUGAUGUCCUGGUGCACAAGGCUUGGUUGACUGGAGUUGUGCCUGUUGUAAUGGACUCUGAAACUUCUGUUCAAGAAAAGGCCUUGGAAUGCCUUGAUCAGGUUUUGUUGCAGCACAUAAAGCAUUACAGUAAAUUCAGGAGGGAAGACAAGAAGCAGGUGCUGGCAUGGGAUCUCCUUACGCUGCUGACUUCGGAAAGCCAGGAGCUGAGCUGUUAUAUGAACAAAGCUUUUCAUAUUUGGUCCCGGCAGAAAAAAUUCUCUUCUACUUUCAUCAAUAACGUGAUGUCUCACGUGGAAACAGAGCAUGCUGUACCAGCUUGGAUGUUGCUUGCUAAGGUGGCAAGUUCUUCACCCAAGCUGGAUUAUUCCAAGGUCAUCGAAUCCUGGUACACUGUCAGCAGGCAACAGAACACGAGCAAUGAUUCUACAGGACAUAUACUGUCUGUUGUCAGUCAUGUUGCAAAGCACCUCCCUAAAAGCAGCUGUGAGAGACUGAUUGAUAACAUCAAGCACUGGCUGAAGGAGUUUCAGUGUCCCCUGGAGGUGAUUAGCCCAGCUGUGGAGUCACUGCAGAAGCUCUGCUGUGCGUAUGCAGGUGACCCAAAGGCACAGAAACUGCUCAACCAAGUGUUUGGAGACUUAAUAUCCACUUGUGAAAGUUAUAUUUCAAAUAUAGUUCUCAAAGAGGACGGAGCAGAGCAGUUGCAAGAAGAUCUCUUGGUGAGGCACCUCUUCCUCUUGGGUGAGGCUGCUCAGCUGUGUCCAGCCAAAGUGGAGAAACGCAUCUUUCUUUUGAUCCAGUCCAUUCUGGCUUCUGAUCAACUGUCUAAUCCUCCUGAUGAUGAGGAAAUACCGGCUUCUCAGCCACUGUCCCAGUUCAGAGGAUCAGCCAUGCCUCCUGUGAUCAGAGCUCAUGCAUUCAUCACUCUUGGUAAACUGUGUUUGCAGCAUGAGGAUCUGGCAAAGAAGUGCAUUGCAGCUCUAGCUCGAGAGCUGGAGGUGUCACACGACGUGGCUGUUCGCAAUAACGUCGUCAUUGUUAUGUGUGACCUUUGUAUCCGCUACACCACCAUGGUGGACAGAUACAUCCCCAACAUUUCCUUGUGCCUGAAGGACCCAUAUCCCUUCAUUCGGAAGCAGACAUUGAUUAUGAUUACCAACCUUCUGCAGGAGGAGUUUGUGAAAUGGAAGGACUGUCUCUUCUUCCGUUUCAUUAGUGUCUUGGUGGAUCCAAAUCCAGAUAUUGCCAGUUUUGCAGAGUUCUGCUUGGUGCAUCUCUUGCUGAAGAGGAAUCCAUUAAUGUUCUCCCAGCACUUCAUUGAGUGCAUCUUCCAUUUCAAUAGCUACGAGAAGCAUGAGAAGUACAACAGGUUCCCACAGAGCGAGAGGGCGAAGAAGCUCUUCUCUCUGAAAGGAAAAGAUAACGAAGAAAAAAGGAUGUAUAUCUACAAGUUCCUACUGGACCACUUUACAGACGAGCAGAGGUUCAGCAUUACAACAAAGAUCAGCCACAGUGUCCUGGCAUGCUUUGUAGAUGGGGUCCUUCCAUUGGACAUGGAAGCCAGUGAGCUGCUCUCAGAUACGUUUGCUAUCCUUAGUUGCAAAGAAAUCAAGCUGUCGACUAUGAGAUCAAAACCUGAAGACGACAUUCAGCCUGAUGAAGAUGAAAUGGCAAUGGCUAAUGCUGUCAUGCAGGCAGCACAAAAAAAGCUCAUCUCACAGGUUCAAAAGAAGAAUUUCAUAGAAAACAUCAUCCCAAUAAUCGCUGAGCUGAAAUCUUUGAUGGAGCGGAAGAAGAUCCCAGCUCUUAGGGACCUUAUGGUCUACUUACGGGAAAUGAUGCAAGACUACCGAAAUGAAAUCAAAGAAUUCUUUGCUGUGGACAAGCAGCUGGCAGCCGAAUUGGAGUAUGAUAUGAAGAAGUAUGAAGAGCAGCUGGAAAAGGAAAAGUCAGACCAUGAGCAAGUCUCGCCAUCGCAGGCAGAGCAGCCUCCAUCUUUGGAGAUGCCGUUACCUUCUGGUGCCCGGAGUGAUAAUGCCCAAUCCCCUGUUGCUGGGAGGCAAAUCUCAUCCCUUGGGUCACUUCCAUUCUCUUUGCCUUCUGAGUUUACUACACCUAGAACUGAUGUUCCGAAGCAGCCCUUAUAUGGUCACAGGCCGGCAUCCUUGAGCACACUUGCCAUCCUGAACUCUGCCUCGAGAGCAGUAAAGGCCAGAAGCAAGCAACGCAGCAAGAGUGCCGGGGGAAUUUUAUCAGCUCACUCGCUUCCACCAAGCACAGCUAACAGCAAGCAAGCUUCUUUUCAAAGCAUGAAUAAGCUGUCUACUGGAGCACACGUUCCUGUGGGGGGCCGUGCAAUCAGCACACCAGAACAGACCAUUAAUGACUUGACUUUUGGUGCUGGGGUCAGUUGCAUCAGCUUGACACACACACCUGGUUCCGCUCAAGAGAAUAAAGAGGCCGAGGAGCAGUCGGGAGAUAUUAUUUGUUUGACAUCACCAGACAAACUACCAUCCGUGCCACGAGAGUGGAAAGUAGAAUCUCCAGCAAGGAGAAAAAGCAAUCAGAAGGUCCCUCUGAGACGAUCCCAGCGGAGGACUCCUCUGAAAACAGAGAACUGAUCCUUACCAUGAACUUUUACGCAGAAUCUUCAUCAUGUUGGGGGAAAUCUGUCCUUUGAUCCGUAGUGACAAAUCACUGUGGACAAGUGUCCUUCCUUACCUGUUUUUCUUCACAUUUUACGUGUCUGGAGUAUGGAUACGCAAAGUGUGUGUUAACAUAUAUAUUAUAUUAUAAACUGCUGCUGCUGUUGGCAAAGCUCAGUGAAGUGAGGAAGUGCGAAAGCUCUAGUAUUAAGGGAGGCUUGCAAUUCAUUCACAGGAUGUAUAAUUUGUCCAUUUGGAAAAGUACGAGCAUAAUGUUGCUACGAGCUUAGCACUAAGCGCGUUUUAUCGCAGUGUGCAGGAAUGUGAGUGGCUCGGCUUAUUCACUCAGUCCCUCAUUGUCCCUCUUGGUGAUACACAUGAAUUACUUUAAUUUGAACAAAGGUAGAACAGCUUGUCACUGCCACACCCCUAGAUCUGGUAAUUGCAUGCUACAUCACCUCUUAUUUGUUGUGCAGACUCCUGCGUGUGUGAACAACCUUCACGUCCUUUUAUAUGGAAUAUUUCCAUUCUUGAACUGUGCAAUUUCCAGUUAUUAAGAUUUUAUGAAAAUAAAUGGUUAUAGAAUUAAUUCCACCCACAACUUCUCCCUUCUUCUUGAUCUAACAAAUUAUUGCCACAUCCUGCUUUAACUUGCUAAAAUCAAGGCUGGUAAGUCAUGUAUGUACGUACCUUUGUGCUCUGUCUAGAGGCCUUGUUUAUCACCAGUGUGCCUGGUGAAUGCUGGGUUCUGAACGCUCCUGCCUCCCUCUGAUGCCAUGUAAGCCUAAGUGAAGCUUUUCAGUUGUUAAUUUGUAUUACAGAGCUCUUGCCCUGGAUUUCACUGCAACUGGAAAAUGGGACCUUACCAAAGGCGCAGAUCACAGCACAAAUGGAGCCAAGGAGGCUUAGUGCCUCUGUGCCAAAGCCCUUCCAGAGUCACUCACCUUCUGCACUGGAAUCUCCUUGUCUGCUCUCACUUUCCUUAUUGAAAGAAUAGAGAAGCCUUCAAGUGAGGUUAAACUUUGUUCUCAAAGUCAAAGUGAAAACCUGAGAGCAGGAGAUGCGUGGAAUGGCUUUGGCUCAAGCAACGGUUAAUUAUGGCUGCGUCCAUUUAUUUUGUUGUUCUCCUCCAUUAAAGUAUUACUUAACUGCUUUGCA